GUAAACUCGAAACUAAUUUAGUUUUUUUCAUGUCUUUGUUGUGGCACCAUUCCGACCUGUCAAAUAUCAUCGAAAAUUAAUCAAACCCGUUUUAAUGAAACUCGCCCCUGGAAAUCGAUGCCCGCAUGUGAAACCCCCGCCUGUCCCUAUUUAGUAGUUUAAAACCGGUGCCGCGUUAUUAAAGUGCGAAGAUAGGUUAUGUUGUCAGCCUGACAUUUGCGUGUGACAAUCCAGGACCGGGUUUCCUGUCGGCGGCCGCACCCACCGUAUCUAAAUCAGUCAUCAAACUCCAAACAAGCCGCUUUGGAGGUGUUAAAAGUCCAGUCCGUAGUGUUAAAACCCGCGGCGCGACGCUGCGCAUGUGUUUUAGGCGUGAUCCCGGCCGGUGUUGCGCCUGUUCCUGUCACAGCUGUCAGUUUGUGGCUGUUUAUUAGCGUGUUGUUGGGUGUGUGCGUCGUGCGGCGGUGAAAACGUCCGAUUGUCGCGGUGUUCGUUUGCGGAGUCCUGUUCGCCGCCCCCAGUUGGGGCCAGAGUGGUAGGCAACCCCCAUGGGCCUGUGCUGAACGGCUUGCCUAGCUGCCGGCGUCGCCGCCCCACAGGCAUGGUCUAACGAUGGCCGACGAGGAAGUUCUCUUCGACGACGUCUACGAUCUCUGCGAGGAGAUCGGAAGGGGACCAUUUAGCAUAGUUAGACGAUGUAUUCACCGCCAAACCGGUCAGCAAUUCGCUGCGAAGAUCGUAGAUGUCGCCAAAUUCACUUCUAGUCCUGGCCUUAGCACGGAUGAUCUGAAGCGAGAAGCCACAAUAUGUCACAUGCUGAAGCAUCCGCACAUAGUCGAAUUAUUAGAAACGUACUCGUCCGAAGGGAUGUUAUAUAUGGUGUUCGAAUACAUGGACGGUUCCGACCUGUGUUACGAAGUGGUACGGAGAGCAUCCUCGGGAUUCGUUUACAGCGAGGCUGUAGCUAGUCAUUACAUGCGCCAGAUCCUCGAGGCGUUGCGGUACUGCCACGAGAACGACAUCGUCCACAGGGACAUCAAACCGGAGAGUAUCCUUUUAGCCACUAAGGAGAAUUCGGCGCCCGUAAAACUCGGCGGUUUCGGAGUCGCCGUCCAAUUACCCGAUAGACAUCCGGCUAAUCCAGGAGAAUGCCUUGUGUCAGAAUACCGGACCAACCUCAGUCCUCUGGGUCAGCAAUAUCUAAAAACUGACAGAGCUGGCCGAGUGGGAUGUCCCAACUUCAUGGCCCCCGAAGUGAUCGAGAGGCGAUCGUACGGCAAACCCGUGGACAUCUGGGGUGCGGGUGUCCUUCUCCACAUCCUUCUUUCCGGCGUUUUGCCUUUCCAUGGAAGCGGCCGUCGCCUCAUGGAAUCUAUAUGUCGCGGCAAACUGCACUUGGAUUCGCCGCAGUGGGAGCUCAUUAGUGAUAGUGCAAAAGACUUAAUACAACAAAUGUUAACUGUGGAUCCCAAACAGAGGAUAACGAUACAGGAAGUUUUAAAUCAUAGAUGGCUGAGGGAUCGCGAUAAGGGAUUAAGGAUUCAUCUCGGCGAGUCGGUGGAAGAAUUAAAAAAAUUUAACGCGAGGAGAAAAUUAAAAGCAGUGAUUUUGAGUGCGGUCAAUUCGAGUAAAUGGUAUCCGUACGACGAAACGAAUUCGGACUCGCUCUCGGACUUCGGCGACGACGAGAUCUCGGCGUGCGCCGUCCAGACGAUCCUGGACUCGCUGGACGAUAUCUCCUGCCUUCAAGAGUCGCAGCCUCAAGAGCGCGCGCACCUUCUGGCCCUGCUCGAGGACACCCAUCUUCACAUCCUGCUGGAGUUGUACGAUCGCAUCGCGAGUAAAGUUGUGACGCCGAUCAGGGCGCCACCUAGCGACGCCGUACAGAGGGCCAAAGACGCCGCCGACGCUCUCAGGGAACUGGAACAUCGAAGGGACACGGACCAUAGGGAUCUACAGGAGUUGAGGGAUCUGCUUUGCCGGCCACAUUUCAAGGCCCUUUUACAAGCUCAUGAUGUUGUGGCGCACGAAAUUUACGGCGAAGAUGCUAUGCGGGUCACGCCCCCGCCUCUUCUGCCGUACCUCAACGGGGGCGACGAUCUGGACGGUCCCAACGGCGAGGUGGAAAUGGAGAACGUAACCAGAGUGAGGCUGGUGCAGUUUCAGAAAAACACCGACGAGCCGAUGGGCAUUACGCUGAAGAUGAACGAAGACGGAAAGUGUAUAGUGGCUAGGAUAAUGCACGGAGGGAUGAUUCAUCGACAAGCGACGCUUCAUGUAGGCGAUGAAAUUAGAGAAAUUAAUGGAAUUUCCGUUAUGAACCAAUCCGUUAGUGCUCUCCAAAAAAUCCUCAGGGAGGCAAGAGGUUCAGUCACGUUUAAGAUUGUACCGUCUUAUAGAAGUGCACCACCCCCUUGCGAGUUAUUCCGGAUUAAACCUCUACCAGUACUAAUUUUCGUUCGAGCACAAUUCGAUUAUGAUCCACUUGAGGACGAUUUGAUUCCUUGCGCCCAAGCUGGUAUCGCCUUCAAAACCGGAGAUAUCCUUCAAAUUAUUAGUAAAGAUGAUCAUCACUGGUGGCAAGCCCGCAAGGACAACUCUGCGGGCUCUGCGGGCUUGAUCCCUUCACCCGAAUUACAAGAAUGGAGGGCCGCUUGCGCCGCCAUGGAAAAAACGAAACAAGAACAAGACGUGGAAAAAGGAUGUACUUCUCAUGCUAACGGUUGUGAUGGUACUACAGUCAAUUGCUCAAUAUUCGGUCGCAAGAAGAAACAGUACAAGGAUAAAUAUUUGGCAAAGCACAAUGCUGUUUUUGACCAAUUAGAUUUAGUAACUUAUGAGGAAGUUGUGAAAUUGCCAAUGACUGAUCCAGCUUUCCAGCGAAAGACCUUAGUCCUCCUGGGGGCUCACGGGGUCGGUAGACGGCAUAUUAAAAAUACUCUAAUAGCUAAACAUCCCGAUCAGUAUGCUUAUCCUAUACCACAUACAACGAGGCAACCUAGAGCCGACGAGGAAAACGGCCGCAAUUAUUUCUUCGUGUCGCACGACGAAAUGAUGGCCGAUAUAGCCGCUAAUGAGUAUUUAGAAUAUGGCACGCACGAAGAUGCCAUGUACGGAACUAAGUUAGAUACAAUCCGUAAAAUACAUCAAGAAGGUAAAAUGGCCAUUCUUGAUGUUGAACCUCAAGCACUCAAAGUGUUGCGUACUGCUGAGUUCUCACCAUAUGUUGUGUUCAUUGCUGCUCCGGCUUUGCAAAACAUUGCAGAUUACGACGGUAGUUUAGAACGACUCGCCAAAGAAUCUGACAUGUUGCGUCAGGCCUACGGGCACUACUUCGACUUAACAAUCGUAAACAAUGAUAUCGACGAGACGAUCGCGGCCUUGGAGGCGGCCAUCGAGCGCGUCCAGACCACUCCGCAAUGGAUUCCCGUUUCUUGGGUCUACUGACAACAACCUUCAUUGGAAUUCGGCUCGCUUCAGAACUUCUGAGCCGCGCUUUCACCGGAAUUUAUUGAAGUGAAUUAACAGUGAAAGAAGCUGCACCACACACUCACACACACCCGACACAGAGAGUAGUCUGAAAAAAUGAAAAAAUAAAUCGCUAGUGUUUUGUGUUUUUUCGUUUUUCUUUUCCAAAGACACGCUGAUACCAAAGCCAAUUUGACUCGUUUGCUAAGUAUAGGAUUAGAAAUAGCGAUGUUGAAUGUAACGUUUCGUUCGACACCCGGUCUUCAUCAGUAGUUUCAUAGUUUCUAAACCUACACAACGCACAACUCAAUGAAAUUCAAACAACGUAACGAAACGAUAAUUUGCUUCAAUAUAAGAAAAAAUAUAGCAAUACGUCUGAAAGUAUUACAAACUUAAUCGUAAUUAUUAUAUAAUGUGAUUUAAUGAUGUUAAAGUGCUCACAAGUACUGUUAAAAGCGAUAACUCGACGACGUCAAAAUUCUGAUUACGACUCAUUUCUUGCUUUGAUUUGAUUGGUUCGCCGGCUUGUUACUAAAAACACAGCUUCCUUGAUCACUGAAGACCGGUGUCAGCCCUAGUCAUUGAUCGAGGAAGCUGUGAAAAACACAUAUCCGAUUCGAGGAUGACUAGAAAAUUUGAUGACGGGAAACCAAAUUCUAGAUUACGAGAUAUUGUACUAUAAAGCUUUUCAAUUUUUGAUAGUGAGAUGAAAUUGUUCUAUUUUGAGGCAGUGGAGUUUCAUUUUGAUCAUUUUCUGCUGUUUAUAUAUUUAUAGAUAAGUGCCAUUGUCGAUUUAUGUAAAGAAGUUUAAUUAUUUCAGUUAUGAUUGAACACUAAAAAUUAAAAAAACGAAAAACACAUUCAUUAAACUUAUACAAGUGAUUGCUUCCUCAAAUAAGUGUACCUACCUACUUAAAAAAUGAACUAAAGGGUAUUCCUAACAUAAUUUGAUAAAAAGUAGUGUAGCGUUUUAAAAGUUUGCAUUUAUUUGAAACGUUAGACAAUGUAGGUUCAAUAUUUCUGAAAUAAAAUGUAAUAUAAUG